AUGCCAAGCCAUCAUUUACAUUCGACCAACAUGCCUGAACAACAACGUUCAAGCACUUUAUCUUCUGACGAAACUUCCGUUCCUGUGAGUCAUCAUGGCAUGACUCAUCCAAGCACGACUCAUCCCUCUGGAAUUCAUUCUGGAACAACAACGAGUGGUAGUGGUCAUCAUGGUGGUGAACAUCCAUCUGGUAGUGGUUCUAGAAUGGAAUCCACCACUCAUCCUCAACACGCUCAAUGUCCACUUGGAUAUGGUUCUCGAGUUCUCAAAGAAGCUUCUCUGCAAUUUGGUCGAGUACCAUUACGUGAACAUGAAUCAAUCCUUCCAGAAAAUGCUCUCACUCGAGACAAUGGCUGUCCUGUUGGUCAUGUCAAGGAUUCCAUGACUGCAGGAAGUCAAGGUCCACUCUGUGUUGGAGAUUUGGAUCUUUUGGAUAAAUUAUUGCAUUUCAAUUGUGAAAAGAUUCCACCCAGAAAUGUACACGCGUUGGGAUGUGGUGCCUAUGGUACAUUUACAGUGACCAAUGAUAUUAGAAAGUAUACGUGUGCGGAUUUGUUUUCUCAAGUUGGAAAGAAGACAGAGUUUAUUACGAGAUUUUCUGGAAUUUUCACUGAGGUUGGAGAUCCAGAUACGACUAGAGAUCCUCGUGGAUUUGCUAUCAAAUUCUACACUCGUGAAGGUAACUGGGAUUUGUUGGGAAUUAACACACCAGUAUUUGCUGUGAGAGACGCCAAACCUGGUCCAGAUGCUGUCCAUGCCUUCAAGAGAGAUCCAAGAACAGGAUGCUGGAACGUGACCCAAACUUGGGACUUUGUUGCUUCCCAUCCUGAAGGUCUUCAUCAAAUGGUCAUGCUCUACACCGAUCGAUCAGGUACUCCAAUGAGUUAUCGUACCAUGAAUGCCUAUGGAUGUCAUACCUUUUCAUUCGUCAAUGAAAAGAAAGAAAGAUUCUGGGUCAAGUUCCAUCUCAAAUGCAUGCAAGGAGCUUAUGGAUUUACACAACAUGAAGCCAAAUUAGUAGCUGGUGAAGAUCCUAAUUUCCUCUCACGCGACUUGUAUCAAGCCAUUGAAAAAGGAAAUUUCCCUAAAUGGAAAAUGUUCGUUCAGAUCAUGCCUGAAGAAGAAGGAUACAGACAUCCAUGGACCUUUGAUCCAACCAAAGUUUGGAAACAAUCUCAAUAUCCUCUCAUUGAAGUAGGUGAAUUGGAAGUCAAUCGAAAUGUCACUGAUUACUUUUGUGAAGUUGAACAAGUAGCCUUCUCUCCUUCCAACACUGUUCCAGGAAUUGGACUCUCUCCAGACAAACUCUUACAGGGACGUCUCUUGAUUUAUGAUUCCACUCAAAUUCAUCGUAUUGGACCUAAUUAUAAACAAUUGUAUGUGAAUCGUCCAUUGGGUGUGGAACCUCAUAAUUACAAUUUGGGAGGACCCAUGAAUUUGAGAAUUCAGGAUCGAUUCCCGGCCUAUGAUAAGAGUGUGUUUGGAGGAUUGGUACCCAAUGAAAAAUAUAUUGAACCUCCAUUCCGUAGUACUGGAAAUGUUGGUAUCUAUGAAAUGUAUCAAGAAGGAUCGUUUGAAGAUUACUAUCAACAAGUGGCUGACUUUUGGAGAAUAUUGAGUGAUAAGGAUAAGCAUCACUUGUGUGAUAAUAUUGCUUCGAGCUUCUUUAAGGUUACUGAACAACGUGUGAUUGAUCACAUGAUGCAACAUUUCAACAAGUGUGAUCCAAUGUGGGCACAAAUGAUUCAAUUGAAGUUGAAGGAGAGAAAGGAAGGAAAACACAUGACUGAAGGCGAGAAGAUUUGUUUGGAUUAUUCCACUCGAUUGCUCAAGCUCACUCAAAAACAAGCAUUGUAG